AUGGACGACACAUCGUGGGGGAAAGCGUCGAUCAUUUACAAAUAGCAGUUGCCAUCGUAGAUCAUGAAGAAGCCAAAGAGAGUGUACAAGCAGAAAUUACUGUUAAGUGAAGGCACGAAACUGAAGUUAAAGAGAAUUUGUGAAUCUGCUAAUGAGGUUGAAGUACCAAAACUUUUGUUAAAGUGCUUGGAAGAAGAUGAUACCACAAUACAUUGUGCUUUGUUAAAAAAGGCUGGUACUGUUUUUCCAGAUGAAUGCAAAAUCAAGCUGUCAUCUGAUGAGGCUCACACAUGUCUUGCUGCUCUGGCUGAAUUUUAUGUAAAAUGUGACUCAAAAAAUCCUUCAAAGAAAAUUAUUUCAAGUGUUUUUGAUGGUUUGCCACAAGGUUUUCCCUCUGAAGUUCUAAGCUCAGUGAUUGUAGAGAAGAUAAGUCAUGCAAGAGAUGUCUUAAUGCUGGCUGAAGAUAUAAAUAUUCGACAUUAUGUAGAUAUGAUAGCUGAUAUGUUGGAUUCAUUUACUCUUGGAGCUGAUGUACUUCUUACCAAUGGCCAUUUGGUAUUCAAAUUUCUUGGCUUGUGUUUAAAAGAGCAGUGGAAAGUUGCCAAAGCUGAGCGAUCUCUGGCUUUGCAGACCUCUCUUAUGAUGGACUGUUUAGCAGUUAUAAAGACAAUAAUUUCUUUUCUUCAGAAAUCCAGUUCUGAGACAAAUUUAUGUAAUUUGUUUGACCAGCUCGCCUUGUCAUGUGUUAAAAAAGAAGAUGCUGGUCAUAAUAGUUAUAAAGACCUUAAUGCAAGUCUUGACGCAGGCCAGUUAUGUGGUAGCAGCUACUCAGAUGCUCCAAUAACUGUGAAGCUGUGGACUGAUUUGAUGACAGAAAUGCUGAUAGACCUUUGUGGUGUUUUGUUUGAUGAUCUAUUUUUCCUUGACUGUCAAUUAACAGCUGGAAUGGCCAUUCUUGCUGUUAUCAAAGUGAUGUGCCCAGCUCAAAGUGUUGUGUCAACAAUUGGAAAGUUGAUUUUCCCCUCUCAUGCCCCAAGUGGACACCUACCUUUUUCACCCUUGAGUGAUCCCAAAAUCAUUUCUAUCUUUCAAAAUUCUCCAGGAAUAACCAGUUUCUCACACCUGUGUCUUUGCCGAGGAGUCUUGGCUAUAAUUCCCCUUCACAUGCUGGUUGAGACCUCAGAGGUCAUAUUAGAUGGUCAAAGUAAGCAUGGAACUCUGAUGUUUGACGCUUUGUUUCCAGACUUGUGUUCUCUUUGUGACAGCCUUAAAGAAUGCAAUACAUCCAUUAUAGCCUUUCGUACUCUGACUCUGUGGGCAAAUCAGGCAAGACAAAUAGCCACUAGUAAUCACUGUGAAGGUUCUUGGCUUAAAGAAAAGUUAUAUGGCACAUCACCAAUUCCAACCAAGCUUCUGAAUUAUGUCUGGACUCAUUGGGACCAUCCAGUUGAGGGAGUGAGAUACCAAACCAAAGCAGUAUGUGAACAUGUUGUCAACCUACACUUGAUUGUUGGACAGUCUGAUCCUUCAAAAGAAGACUUCCUACAGGACCUAGCAGCAUCUCUUUUGAAUGUCAGCUGGCAUGUAAGAGGAAAAUAUGGCCCCCUGUGUUGUAUUACAUCUGUUGUGGGAGCCAAAAAAAUGUUGCAGUGGUUUUCAAAUAUCCCUCAGGAUAUGUUUCCAUUGAUGAGUGACAGGAACCUCGCCCCUCAUGUAAUGGAUUUUAUAGAGCAGAUGACAAGUUCUCACAAGCAAGAAAUCGUGGACAGUGGGGAAGAUAUCGAAGGAUGGAUGGAGGUAUGGAUUGUUCCAUUUCUCAAUUUUAUUUGCUGUGGUAGCAGACUUCUGAGGGAAAACUUGGCUCAGUUUUGUCUCCCAAAGUUAUUGAGGGGCUGCCCUGAAAGCCUACAGUUUCUUGUUGAGUAUCUUCAAGAAAACAAAGGAGUAAAAGAAAGUAACCUUGGGACCUUGGUUACCUGUUUAAAAAUUGCUCGUUCAUCAGGACUAAUGGAUUUUUAUAAGACAGACCAAGAAAAUGCUUCUUUUGGACAUGGCUCAUUGUGGUGUGGGGUGGUUCCAGAACAGCUUAUGAGGAAGGCAUUGUGUCAUUUGGAUGAUCAGAUUCGUAUUGAUGCCCUUGGACUGCUGUGUGAUUCUCCACGAGCAACAGAGUUGAUUACAGAGCUGGAUUUACAACUGCUUCAGCUCUUUAUACCACACAACAUGAACAACCAGGCACCUUCCUUCAGACAACAAGCUAGAACACAUCUAAAAAGGUUGCUAAUGAGACUGAAAGAGUGCAUCAGGAUAUCUAACAAAGCUGUUAAAAAGAAGAAAGAUAUCAGUGAGAAGAAACAGUUUCAUGAACAACAACUCACUUUCUAUUGGACAUUUCUGCAGUGGUUUUGUGCCUAUCAGUUUGAUUCCUUGUUCCCAAGUGCAUCAUUUACCCGUCGCACAACAGCUUUGAGCAAUUUGAUGCUCAUCAAGGACAUAUUUGGUUUUAAAGAAGAUGAUGAUUCUACAGGGAAGAGUUUUAAUAUGAGUGAGGUCAUGUCCCCAGAUAAUAUCCAUAUUCUUCUGGAUUGCCUGAUUGAUUCCUAUCAAACCAACAAGACAAUGGCAUAUGACUUACUUGUGGCAUCUCCCUCCAAGCAGCUGCCAUUUCAGGAAGAGAAGUCUUUGCUUGCUUGGCAAAGCAUGAUUGAUCGGUUGGUUUCCAGUCCUCGCGCAGUAGAUGCUUCAAGUGCUGCAACAUUGCUUACCCUUCUGGUGGAGAAGUGUGAAUUACCGCUGACAUUUGUUAAAUCUGAGACUGAACAAGAGUAUGUAGAAUCGGAAUCCAAUGCAACAUGUCCACAAGCCCUGAGGGUGGUGAAGUAUCUUACUAAUUUGCUCGAGUCACAUCGUUCAGCUGCUUCAAAGAACCUGUAUUUGACUGGCGCCCAGGCUCCUAUGCAUGGUGUUCUUUAUUGCCUCAGAGCAGUCCUGGGUUACGUCUCAUUGAGCUCUGUCUCAGACGAUAAACAUUGGCAGAGUCUCAUCUCACAUUUAAUAGAAAAGUGUAUUUGUACAGCAGACAUUGUUUCCCCCGUUGUCACGAGUUCAUCGCCUGAAGGAUUUAUGAUUUAUGAUAGUGAAGACAACACAAACCAGAUCCCUCAACAGUCAGUUUUGGAAGAAAGUCAUGUAAUGGCCCCUGCAGCCCAGAUUCUUUUGGUCUGCUGCUGGAGGACCAUGAAGGAGGUAGCGCUGUUGUUGGGAGAGCUGGUUGAAAAUGCUCCAGUGUAUCUUGAAAACAGCAAGCAUGGUUUGAUACCUACAAAACAGAUAUGUAACAUCGGAGACUUUUUCACUAAAGUUCUCCUGACUUCAAAGCACAGGGGAGCUUUUGAGUUGGCCUACACUGGAUUUGUGAAACUUUGUACAGUGUUGUGGAGGAGUACAGAUACAGAGCUUUGCGAGUUACCAGCGCAGUGGCUCCAGACAUUAUUAGAGGAUCUUACGAGUGAUUCACCUUCAGAAGCUUUGUGUGGGACAAGGCGAAGUGCUGGUGUGCCCUUCUUUAUUCAAGCUAUUGUGACAACUGAACCGUCUGCUGCUGGAAACAAGUGCUUCAGACAAGUCACGGCUGAAUUAUUGCAGGUUGCUGCCAAUCCCACUGACAUUUCCAGGAUUUCUGAUUCAACCCUUCCACAGGUUUGCUUUGAAAAAUUAGAAUUCAGCUUUAGUUCUAGUUAGUUAAGAGUAACUUCAGGAAUUGUUAUCAUGGCUCCGUUUCCUUCCCAGGUUCACGCUUGCAACAUCCUCCGCGCCCUAUAUCGUGACACCAAACUUGGCGAGGCCGUGUUUCCUUUUGUGUCUGAAGGGGUAAUUGUCGCCAUUGAUGGAUUCCUCUCUGAAAGUUGGGCAGUACGGAACUCGUCGACAAUGCUGUUUAGUGCACUGGUGACCAGGAUAUUUGGAGUGAAACGAGGAAAAGAUGAACAUUCAAGAAAAAACUGUAUGACAGGAAGAGAGUUCUUCUCCAGAUUUCCAGAGCUCCAUUCAUUCUUCCUCCGUCAUUUGGAAGUUGCUUGUCGAGGAAUUGAAAGGGACACCAUCCACGCUAGCAUCCAUCCAGUACUUGUUAUGUUGGCUCGUCUGUAUCCAUCACCUAUGGAUGGUGUUGACUCUACACUCAAUAUGGCGCUGUUUGUACCCUUUGUCAUCAGUUGUAGAAAAAGUUUGGUUAUGAAGACCAGGAUUAUGUCAGCACGUGCUCUUGUUCCGCUAGUGUCCGGUGAUCUCUUGAUUCAAACUCUUCAAGAGCUUCUCGUGUCUCUUCCAGUGAGCUCAACUGGUGAAAUAAGACAGAAUCAUGUUCAUGGAACUUUACUCCAUAUUUUUCAUUUAUUAAGUGGCCACGCCCUUGAUGCAACAUUGUCCGCCACAAUUAAGACGAAGAUUGUGACCAAUGUUCUUCCUCAGCUGAAGCAUCCGGCAUGGCUUGGCACACGGUCCAACCCCUGUGCAGUGUCAAGGUCAGUUUUCUUGGACAUUGUUCUUCAUUUUGUAGUGGACUGGUCUUGGAUCGAUCUCCCAGACGUAUCUAAGAAUGGCUUGCUUAGCCUGAAGCAAUGGUUUGAAUUUGUAGCAAUUGAGGAAACUGUGAAAAAUCAAACGUCCUCAGCCGUCAUUGGAGACGUUUUUGUAAAGAAGUCGGCAGCCGAGAUAUUUCUCAAAGCAUGCGAGGAGUUACCAUCUGCUCCUAACAGCAAAUCUCGCAUACCAGUAACAUCACAGGCUCAGGGUGAUAACCAGGGCUCUGCUGAAAACUUGGUAACCACGGCUAAUUGUUUUGAAGUGAUUCAACAUCUCCAACAGUCUUCAGAAUACGAAGUGCGACUGGUUGUACUUCAAUUCAUCGUCUCUCACUUGCCCUCUAAAGAGAACACGGACUUUGAGACUAAAGCUGAAUUAGAAGAGAAUACCCCUAAUGAGAGAGAACAUCGCUGGAUAUUUUUGGAACUUGAAGAAAAUAUAAAAAGCCAGUUGUUUACAAUGGCUGUGAAGUCAGAACAUCAUGAUGAUUGUUUAGUACAGGUCUUUCAAGCCUUGUACAAACUUCCAGACUCCUUGUCUUUCCCUUGGAAACUGUCUUCAGGAGAUAAAGUCUCUUGUUUUCAGUGCUGGAAAUUCGUUGCAGACCUUGCUACCUCACCUAGUCAAAGGGAUGAUCUCAAGUGCUCGCUGUUGACGUUUUUGUCCAGGAUGGUUUCUGUAGUACAUGGAAUGACCAAAAGUGAGGACCCAACCAUUGUUAUGGAAGCAUCAGAAGCCCUUUCACAAUUCUCAAAUAUAACUCUGCAUACGAGUUCACCUUCUGAAAGAAUGGAGCUGCGGCUAUGCACAGCACAGGUCCUGGGCGAUACAACAGUUAUCGGUGUGAUGGUGGAUUUUGGUACAACUUUGAGUGAAGUACGCUUUCGUCUGUGGACUGUUCUUAUAACUCUGCUUCAGGACGAUGAGCCUCUGGUCAGAGACAAAAUAUCUUACGGGUUUUCUACUUUGUUACAAGUAAUUGAGACCUCGACUGUGGUUUGUACCUUACCCUUUGGAAGUUUUGCCGUAGUUGCUCCUCUCUCACUUGAGAAUGCCAUGUUUUGUGUGUGGUCCUUGUUCUUUGAUGAAGAACCUGUGGCUUGUGUGUCGUGGAUGUUGGACUGGAUUUGUGGCGACCUGGUUUGUGACAGUGAAGACUCUGAUCGGGCAAUUCUCAUUUCAGACAUGGAUCGUCUCUUUGAAAAAGGACCUCUCAACAUUUAUUCUGAGGAUUGUGUUGUGACGCGAGUGGCCUGGGAAACUGUAAAAUAUGGAAUGGAAUGGAAAAACGGAUGUGCUCUAUUGACUCUUCAGCAACACAAAUCAACACUGACUAUCUCCUUGAAAGAGCGGUUGGAAAAUUGUCUCUUGUUCCUUGAGAAUCUCAUGCUAAAUAACUGGAACGUUCCUGCAAAUUUUAAUUACUUUUAUCGAGGACUUGUUGGAAUUGCUGUAAUCACCUUGUUAAAAGAAAAACUGGAAGAAGGAAUUGCUUCUCCUCUGACGAACAGAAUUGAUGCAAUAGUUCAUGCAGUUAAAAAACCUUCUGAUACUGGAGGAAUUUUAUCUCAUCCAAAGACACAGAAGUGCCUUGAGGAAUUAAAUAAAUUUCUUACUUCUUGAAUUACUUAGGAUACAUGGUGUAUUCGUGUGACACGACCUACAAUCUGCUGCUUAAAUGUAAUAA